AUGGCAGCUCCUUCAAAUUUGAAUUAUACAGCCUUGCCGCCACGAGCGGAGGAGGUGGUGAAGGGGCAGAUUUUCCUCUCUGAUGGUGCAAUUAGAGAGGAAUUGGCCAGGUUCCGGCAUAUAAAACCUCGUACAGUCAACUCAGAGGGUGACACAGAGAUCAUUGAAGGCGUGACUUUCACACAUCACUUCGUGCUAGGCCCGGGUGAUGGUGAGGUCGUAGAGUGGCACUAUGUGGAGGCAGGGCCCAAGGAUGGCGAGAUAGUUGUUUUUCUCCAUGGCAUUCCCGAUUCCUGGUAUCAAUGGCAUAUGCAGAUGUCCAGAUUAUCCAAAACUUACCGCUGCAUUGCGCCCGACCUCAAAGGAUAUGGACAGUCCACCAAGAGUCCAGGAGAUUAUCGCCAUGAAGGUGCCGCUGAGCAACUUUUCCAGAUGCUGCUAUUGAUCGGGGCAGAUCGCUUCAACAUUGUCACACACGAUAGGGGCACCUGCCAGGCGGAUUUUAUUGUGGCCAACCAUGCCGACAACGUUCUUCGCUAUGCCCGUGGCGAGCAGCAUCUUUUUCAUUUCAAUCCACUGCUCGCCCCACAGGGUGAGAUAUUUAUGAACGCAGCGUACAAUGGCGCGCUGGACGACCCGGCCAGACUCAUAAUAUGGGCCCACAUGUCCCUGGAUGUCCAUCUAAUGUCGGAUUCAAAGCUGGAGAGAUGUAUCCAGGAGUUCUCGUACCCAGGCAUCGCAAGGGCAGUGCCGCGUUAUUUCAAUUCAUCGAGCUUCCGCGCCGAGUGGUUGCAACGCCGGGACCGCCUUCUCGCAGCGUGGAAAUGUCCGGUCUUGCUUUUGCAGGGCUACCACAGCAAGACCCAGCCGCGGGAAUUCUAUCAAAACAUCACCAAGGAGCAUAUCCCGAAUGCCACGUCUGUUCAAGUCAAAUUCCUUGAUGGAGGUCAUUUCUGGCCCCUUGAAUGCGCAGCUGAAACCUCGGAUGCCCUCGAACAGUUUUUCAAAAACUGA